AUGCCUCACCAACGACGGCCAGUGUGGUUUUUGAAUAACUGCCAGCUUGGGACAGAGCUAAAGGAGCCUGGCCGGAAAAAGCUUCCAGAGGUGCUUGCGGCGCCAAUCCGGGAAUCACUAUGUAUGCACACGGCAUGGGGAAAAUCACCAUUCUCUAUGGAUUUUACAGCUCAGAUUGCCCUCCCCCCCUCCCCCCCCCGCCCCCGCCCGUGCACGAGUCUAGUAGCGAACCCCCAUCGGAGAGCCUUCCUACCGAACGGAAAACCUUGCGCAACGAAGGCGGGAAGAGGAGGCGCGUGCUUGAGCUCGGGGAACUUGCUCGAAGAACGACGACGAACCCCAAGCAACUUCGGAAACCGACUAGAGCUAUCACCGUUACAACUAUACGCAGUCUAUCCGGUACGCCACUGA